AUGGGCGAUUAUAGUUAUGGUUUGUCCCGGGCGCAAUCUAAUACACUCCUUCACUCACAUCGUCCCAGAAUACUAGUAACUCGAACAAAAUCAGUACCGGAUCUUGUGAAUUAUGUAAGAAGAAGCAGUAAAUACAAGCCUCAAUGGGGCUAUAGAUUCUGGCCUGAUUAUGAUUUGUACGAUGACUUUUGGCAUGAUCGUUACAGUGGAUUCAGACCACUUUACAGAAGUUCAUACUAUCCACGGCGUUAUUAUCAUCCAGAUAUAAUGCCAAAUCCGCAUUACUGGAGUGGACCAUAUACCACAUGGGCAAAACAUAGAGGAUUUUGGUACGAUUACAACUCACCAUUCUACUACCGAAGGUACUUCACUUAUUAUGACGACUAUCCACGCUAUAUUUAUAUUCCGUUUCGCACUAGAAAUUAUACACCAGAAAUUACUACACUCUACGGUCAUUACUGCUGA